GAAAACGGUCAUCAACUUUGGCGAAAUGUCGCCACGGAAACAGGCGAAUAGCUCUGGAUUGAGUCCGUUGUCGGGCCUGUCCCCACACCUGAACAAACGAAAAUCGCCCACAAAGAAUGUACGCUCUCCUCAGAACCAGUCGCAGCCUAAGCCCCGCUACAAUGUUGCGCCAAUGGUGGUAAUCCAUGAGUCUCGGCCGCCACCCUCGCCAGCCAUUGAGUGUGCCAAACGUUUGCGCACCUUGAUCGACCAGGAAAGUUCCCGCGACGCCACGGAUAACAAAGCUGGUAUCCGCGUCAUUGCCCUGGCCAAGCAGAAGCCAACAGCAACACUCUCUGUGCCCAAAGUGGAGCCCGACAACCAGGAUGAACGGGAGUUCCUGUCGGACAGUGGCGGAAGCCUGGCCAUGUCCAUCUCCCCGCAGUCUUUUACCCCGUCAAAAUGGAUUUGGGACAGUCGGAGGAGGAGGAGCUGGAGCCGCUCCGUGUGAGUGCUGGCAAUACCCCCCAGCACAUGAUCACGACACAGUUUGACAGCGACGAGGACUGCAAACUGGAUGUGGUAGCCAGUCUGGCAAACUUCACAACCGCUGAGGACACGUCCGCUGGUUCUCCAGCCUCAGUGGCCGCCAGUACAUCAAAACCUGCAUCACCACCCUACAGUUUAACCAAGUCAUCGCCGUGGACGCGCGAAGAAGACAAGGUCAUUCUAACCGAAAUGAAAAUGGGGGCACGUGAUCGGGAGCAGCUCAUUAGGCGGAUGCGUGCCAAGCUUAAGCAUCGCAAUUUCAUCGAGCUGCGUACCCGACAUCAGUUCCUCAUGGACUUUCUGUCUAAACUGCAGGGUAAAUAGGGGAAGAACGCGCCUCUGUGUCUUGUAUUAUACACCAAACUGAAUAAUUAGUUUACUAUGAUUAUGUUAGAAGGAUCUUUUGCGGCUACAGCUAUUUCGGCUCUCCCUAUGAUUACGUUAACCAUGAGUUUUCCACUAUCGUUAAGACUGUUAACAUUGGAAAAUAAAAUGUUUUUUAAUAUAAAUCCAAA